AUGAACAUGCAAUGUAAUAAUAUUAGUCCAGCGUUGGAAAUUUCGAGUGUAAAGGACUUUUUACGAAACAUAUGCCUGGACAAAGAGGAUAUAAUUGUACAAAAUCUGGAACUCAGAAAUGUAAGAACCGUGUACGAUUUUUUACGCCAUGUGUCUUACCUUACGGUAACGAGUUGCACUGGUAUGAGCAAUGAGGAAAAUGUGGGCAUAAGUAGCCAAUCGAAUUUGAAAUUUGCAAGUGCGCAUGAAAAUAUUUUGCAGAAUGGGGUCAGCGUAAAUGGCAAAGUAGCGCAACAUAAUGGGGAUGUGGGGAAUCUGGGGGAGGGGGAGCUGUGUAAUGGUCACGCCCCUGUGAGUAGGGAAAAAGGUGACAGAUGUAAUGGGGUGCAAAUAAAUGGGCAGCACGGUGGGGCCGCACAAGGCGAGGGGAUACUCACCAAUGGAAUUGGUAGCAGCGGAGUGGACGUCCCCGCCACGCACAGCGAAGCGACCUAUGCGUGCAAAGAGAUCGCGGCCAUGCAGGAUUACUACGAGCAGGCGAAGGAGAAGCGAAGUGACGCAGAGAAAAAAGGGGAGUACAUGUACUUUGACAUGUACAUAAAGUCAGAAGUGAUUAAAACCUUCCCCACGACGGACAGGGAUAAGGAAAGGUUGAUAAAUUAUAUAUACAAAGUGAUGGACGUAAAUGACCUCUUGAUGAUGUGUAUUCAUUUUGGUCUCCCCCAUUUGUGGCCUAAAUUUGAACGGAGCAAAAUUCGAAAUGUAGAUUUGUUCAAGCGCAUAAUCAUAGAAGGGAGGAAGUUCGAAAGGGUAAAGAACGAAAUGGGCAUCUCCUUCUCCGAAUUUGUACAAAUCCUGAACUUUGCCUUAAGUGUAAAAAAGAAGAGAAUUUUCUGCAACAACAUUUUUAGCCAGUUCGAUCCCUGGGAUUGUAAAAGUAAAAAAAAACACACCAAAACGAUAUGCGACAAAAUACAUCAGUUUAUCGAGUUUGACAAUUGGACCUUUAAAAAUAUUAUUGAUAAUCCUUUUUUCCAAAGAUUACGAAAUUUAUCUCAGUUAGGUGUUUGCCAAUUUGUCUACCCUGGAGCUACGCACACCAGAUUUGAGCACAGUUUAGGAGUUGGUUAUUUGUCUGCAAAAUAUUUCACUCAUUUGUGUAAUCGCUAUAAUUUAUCUCCGUAUUGUGGGGAAUUAAAUAAAAUGCUUCGGUGUGUGCAGAUAGCUGGUUUGUGUCACGACUUGGGACAUGGACCAUUCAGUCAUACAUUUGAAAGCUUCUUUAUGAAUUAUAAAAAAGAAGACACAGAUCAUAAAUGGAACCAUGCAUCUAUGUCUCUAAAAAUUGUGGAACACAUUAUAGAAAAUUUGAUAGACCAGGAUGAUGUGCUAGACUCCACAGAUAUCAAAAUUAUAAAAAAGUUAAUAAUUGGGCGUGCACACUACAAAUCGCUUUGCGGUGUAGAUCCUGUAGAUUCUUUAAUAGAAGCUUCUUACGACAUUAUAUGUAAUAAUAGGAAUGGAUUGGAUGCAGACAAAUUUGAUUACCUCCAGAGAGAUGCAACUAUUGCCCCCCCAAAUGGGACACUUCCAUCCCUCAAUUGUAAUCGAAUCAUUAGCCAAAGUUCUGUUAUUAAUGGCCAUAUAACAUACAACGUUAAGGAGAUCCAUCCUGUGUGGACUGUGUACAUGAACAGAUUUUCUUUAUUCAAACAAGUGUAUACUCAUAGAAAGGUGCGAGUUAUGGAGCUGAUGCUGUGUGAUGGCUUUCGUCUCGCUGAUGAUAUUUUCAAGUGGUCAGAAUCUUUACAAGACUUGGAUGCUUUUCUUGACCUAACUGAUUCGUCCAUCAUUUAUGAUAUUAAGAACAGAGCGAAAAAACACAAGUACGAUGAGCAGGUGCAGAAAUCGCUAAACCUAAUUAACUCCGUUAUACAUGAUAGGAACUCCAACUAUGCAUACAAAUACAUUGCAGAAAUUAACCUUUCUGAACCACAACUCAUUAAGUACUUGAAGGACAUAACAAAUGAAGAGAGGAUUGCUAGAUAUGCUCAUGGACUUAGUCCAGAUGAUAUUAUCAUAGACUGGAACCAUUUGAACUAUGGAAUGGGUGCAAACGACCCACUGGAUUCGGUUUAUUUCUACAGCUCCGAUAAUGAGGAUGAGGCUUUCAUAGCGCACAAGGAGUAUAGGGGCACGCACCCGAGGUACUUUGAAGAGUGCAACGUGAGGUUGUACUGUAAAAAUAAAAUGGUCGCUCAUUUGGCGAAGGACGCGCAUAACAAGUUCUUGUCCGAUGUCUUCUCGGAAUCCUCGCCCCUUUACAAGAAAAAAAUAGUUAAAUGA